CACAUCAAGAAAGGUUCGCCUUUGCUCUGGAUUCACUUCUUGUUUGUUGUGAUUGUUGUUGUUUUGGUUCAUUUUGGUAUAAAUGAGAUUGAGCAACGCUUGAGAAUCACUAGGUUUAGGGAUGGGUAUGGUAAUCCUAGUGAUCCUAGUGCGAAUUCAUCUGCAAUUUUCACUAUAAUGGUGCACGGGGUGCCGAAAACUUUAGGGUUUGAUAAGACUUCUUUGGUGGAGUAUUUUCAACACAAGUAUCCCGGGAAAGUUUAUAAGGUCAUUGUGCCGAUGGAUUUGUGUGCUUUGGAUGAUUUAGUUACGGAGUUGGUUAAAGUUAGAGAUGAUAUUUCCAAAUUGAUAGUGAAGAUUGAGUCGCGGGUUUCAACGAUUGAAAUUGAAGAUGGUGAAAUUGGAGAAGAUUCUUCAGCGGGGUUGUGGAACAGAGCACGUUCGCUGUGGAGGACAGUAAGGAACUACUGGGAUGAGAUUAUUAGUGAAUUAGGGUUUACGGAUGAGGAGAGGUUGAGAAAGUUGCAAGAAUUGAGAGCUGAUUUAGAGACUGAAAUGGCAGCAUACAAAGAAGGGCGAGCAAAGGGUGCUGGAGUGGCUUUUGUGGUAUUUAAGGAUGUGUAUGCCACUAAUAAGGCUGUUCAGGAUUUCCGGAAUGAGAAAAGGAGACGGAUUGGAAAAUUCUUUUCUGUCAUGGAGUUGCAGUUACAGAGGAACCAAUGGAAAGUUGAGCGAGCUCCAUUGGCGACCGACAUAUACUGGAAUCAUUUGGGCUCCUCAAAGGUCUCACUGAAACUUCGCAGAGUGUUUGUGAAUACAUGCCUAGUGUUGAUGCUUUUGUUCUUCAGUUCUCCUCUUGCUGUGAUUAGUGCCAUUAAGAGUGCUGGGCGCAUUAUCAACGCAGAGGCAAUGGAUAAUGCUCAAAUGUGGUUGGCUUGGGUGCAAAGCUCAAGCUGGCUGGCAACUAUAAUCUUUCAGUUCCUUCCUAAUGUUCUUAUUUUUGUGAGUAUGUAUAUAGUGAUCCCAUCAGCUCUGUCCUAUCUCUCAAAGUUUGAACGGCAUCUUACUGUGUCAGGGGAGCAAAGAGCUGCACUUUUGAAGAUGGUUUGCUUCUUUCUUGUAAAUCUCAUUCUUUUGAGGGCUCUGGUUGAAUCCUCUCUAGAGAGUGCAAUCUUAAGAAUGGGUCGCUGUUAUUUGGACGGAGAAGAUUGCAAAAAGAUUGAGCAAUACAUGAGCGCGUCAUUUCUGUCAAGGUCAUGCCUUUCAUCUCUUGCAUUUCUAAUCACAUGCACUUUCUUGGGAAUAUCUUUCGAUCUUUUGGCUCCAAUACCUUGGAUAAAAAAGAAGCUUCAGAAGUUUCAGAAGAAUGACAUGCUUCUACUGGUACCGGAACAAAGUGAGGAUUACCCAUUAGAAAAUCCGGAUUUAGAGAGUCUGCGGAGACCACUGAUUCCUGAAGAAGCAUUUGACACAAUGGUUGGCAAUAAUGGAUUGCCGAAUGGUGCCACACUUAGUGAAAUCGAUUUACCAGGACAAGUUCUUUCUGAAUAUCCGAUCAGCAGAACCUCACCUAUGCCAAAGCAAACAUUUGAUUUUGCACAAUAUUAUGCAUUCAAUCUGACAAUCUUUGCCCUGACCAUGAUCUAUUCUGCAUUUGCUCCUAUUGUGGUUCCUGUUGGUACAAUUUAUUUUGGGUAUAGGUACGUGGUUGAUAAGUACAACUUUCUAUUUGUAUACAGAGUACAAGGGUUUCCUUCAGGCAAUGAUGGGAGGUUGAUGGACACGGUAUUGGGUAUCAUGAGGUUUUGUGUCGACUUGUUCCUACUUUCAAUGCUCUUGUUCUUUACAGUCAAAGGAGAUUCCACUAAGCUGCAAGCAAUAUUCACGCUUGGGCUGUUUGUGUUGUAUAAAUUGUUGCCUUCUGAUGAUGAUAACUCCCAACCAGCUUUAUUGCAAGGCAUACAGACUGUUGACAAUGUUGUAGAUGGACCGAUAGAUUAUGAGGUUUUUUCGCAACCCAAAUUUGGAUGGGAUACAAGUCAGUUGUGAUUUGAUCUUUAACACUUAUAAAUGAGUUGCUUGUGAUAGUCAUGUAUUUCUGUCCCCGUUAAUCUUCAAAGAAUCUUUUGUGAUGUUUCUGUAUA